GGCCGGGGGGGAGCAUCCCAGAGCUGGUCCGAGCCCUGUCCCGAGCAGAUCCCAGCCAAGAGGAGACCAUGCCCAAGUGUCCCCGCUGCCAGAAGGAGGUCUACUUCGCGGAGAAGGUGACUUCUCUGGGGAAGGACUGGCACAGGCCCUGCUUGAGAUGUGAGAAGUGUAACAAGACCCUGACAUCUGGAGGCCAUGCAGAGCAUGAUGGAAAACCUUACUGCAACCACCCCUGCUAUGCUGCCUUGUUUGGACCCAAAGGGUUUGGCCGGGGAGGAGCUGAGAGCCACACGUUCAAAUAAACCUCAGGGCCAGGGAUCCCAGCAGAGCCCAAACACCCCUCAGCAGACACGCAGUUUUGGUUUAAUUCACCCUGUACUAGAGUAGCACCUGAAGAGCAACAAAUAACCCAGGCUGGGGCUGGUGUGGAGAGGGGUUCUACUCCAGAGGGAAUGCUGCUGGGGCGUGGAGGUUCAGAUGCCCCCCCUGGAGAGGAAAUUUGGCUGAUCUUGCUGAAGGACACCUGGAGAGGACACUGCACCCUGCCAGCCAAAACCCAGCCCUGCUUUUGGCACCCAGCUCUCACGGCUGGACCCACAAUUGUAUUCUCAAUCUUUAAUAAACCUCAACUGAAAGAUGCUUC